AACAAUAUUGAUAGAGACUUCUGAGAAGCUGUAACAUCCUAGAAGGGACAUAAGUAACAACAUUAACAUGCCUGCUGUGGCAUCUGUACCUAAGGAGCUCUAUCUCUGUACUUCAUUGAAAGAUCUCAACAAGAAGACAGAAAUAAAACCUGAAAAGACCAGUACAAAGAGUUAUGUGCAGAGUGCCCUUAAGAUUUUCAAAGCAGCAGAAGAAAGCAGAUUGGACCGAGAUGAAGAAAAAGCUUACAUCCUAUAUAUGAAAUAUGUGACUGUUUAUAAUUUUAUUAAGAAGAGACCCGAUUUUAAGCAGCAACAGGAUUAUUUCCAUUCAAUUCUUGGACCUACAAAUUUAAAAAAAGCUAUUGAAGAAGCUGAAAGACUCUCAGACAGCCUUAAACUCAGAUAUGAAGAAGCUGAAGUUCGGAAAAGACUCGAAGAGAGGGACAGACAGGAGCUGCAGAAAAAGCAAGAACCAAAAGAUGAUGGAAAGAGUUCAGCCAAAAGCUCAUCUGAAAAUACAGCAGAUUCCAAAGGAAGAAGCCAAAAGAUUAAUGGUGAGAGCAAGCAUUCACUGGAAAGAAGGGAUCAAUCUGAAAGUCUCAGUGGAGCAGUCACAGCUGAGAAACUGUUUGCAAUGAUGACGGACAAAAGCAUUGAAUUGAUUAUAAUGGAUGCUCGAAGCUCGAAGGAUUAUCAGGAAUCCUGUAUUCCGAGAUCUAUCAGCGUCCCAGAAGAAGCUAUCAGUCCUGGAGUUACUGCUAGCUGGAUUGAAGCUAGACUCCCGGAAGAUUCUAGAGAUCAAUGGAAGAAGAGAGGACACUUUGAUUAUGUUAUACUCCUGGACUGGUUUAGUUCUGCAGAAGACUUAAAGCUAGGAACAACUCUUCAGAGCCUGAAAGAUGCACUUUUUAAGUGGGAAAGCAAAACUCUACUGCAGAAUGAACCUUUAGUUCUAGAAGGAGGUUAUGAAAACUGGCUCCUUUGUUUUCCCCAGUACACAACAAAUGCUAAAGUAACUCCACCUCAACAUAGCAAGAUUGAAGCAGUAACAGUUUCUUUGGAUUUUACAUAUCCAUCUUUGGAAGAGCCAGCUCCUGUUCCACCUGUUGCCACUGUAAAGACUUCUACAACAGAAGGGAUUGAAAACGAAGAAACAGAAGCUAAUUUGGAAGAGAGACUAAAAUUACUUAACAGACCAAGCGUAGAGGGUGCUGCUGUUCCAAAACCUGACAGUUCACUUGUAGUCAAUCCCGUAUCUAUUACAAGAAGUAUCCCUGAGGUUGAUCGUACUAAAAAGCCUUCAAUAAAAAUUCCUGAUGAUAACAGACCAAAAUCUGAAAGUACACUCGGUGACAGCCAGCCUAUUGAGAAUGGACAAAUAGUUCCAGAUCGGUCCACAAAACCUUUACGUGAUGUAAAGAGCACCCUGACAGAAGAAGAAAAAAGUCAUAUACAUGCAGAAACUGCUGCCCUGUUAGAGAAAAACAAACGAGAAAAAGAAUUGCGGGAGAGACAACAAGAAGAACAAAAAGAAAGACUCAAGCGAGAAAAAGAAGAACAAGAGCAAAAAGCAAAGGAAGAACAGAGAGAAAAGGAACACAAAGAAAAGCUGCAGCAAUCCAAAGAGGAGAGAGACCAGAAGGAGAGAGAUGACCAGAUAAAAAGAGAACAGGAGGAAAAGGAAAAAGAAAGAGUGCGCAAAGAGACAAUAGAAGCAAGAAAACAAAAUAAAAAUGAACCAGAAAACAUUGGUGCAAAAAGGAUUGAGAUUGACAAAGUAUCCGCAGAAGAAAGAGAAAAGGGAGUUCGAACACCAGAUAUGCAGAGACGUGUGCUGGGUGAUGCAUCGCAGACUUCUGUGUCUGUUCCAGGCAAGCAAACUGGGGUUAAAGGACAACCAGACAGUGGAGCUCAAAAGCCAGGACCCCUUAGAGAGGAUUCUGAACAAGAUACUGAAAGACUUAAAUCUCAGCGGGAGCCAUUGAUGAGAGCACGAAGUGAAGAAAUGGGAAGGAUAAUACCUGGACUGCCUCUGGGUUGGGUAAAGUUUCUGGAUCCAAUCACUGGAACCUUCCGUUACUAUCACUCGCCAACAAACACUGUUCAUAUGUACCCACCAGAAAUGGCUCCUUCAUCCACUCCUCCAGCUACCCCACCAACGCAUAAACCCAAGCCGCAGGUGACUAUUGAACGAGAACGGGAACACUCCAAACUGAAGCGCUCCUACUCUUCCCCAGAUAUAACCCAAGCCAUUCAGGAGGAAGAGAAGAAAAGAAUUCCCGUAACUCCUGCAGUCAAUCGUGAAAAUAAACCAAUCUAUUACACUAAAGCAGAAAUUUCAAGACUCUCUGCAUCACAAAUUAGGAAUCUUAAUCCUGUGUUUGGGGGAUCGGGACCAGCUCUUACAGGACUUCGUAAUCUAGGGAACACUUGCUAUAUGAAUUCCAUAUUACAGUGUCUGUGCAAUGCACCUCACCUGGCUGACUAUUUUAACAGAAACUUAUAUCAAGAUGAUAUUAACAGGUCAAAUUUCCUGGGGCAUAAAGGUGAAGUGGCUGAAGAGUUUGGAGUAAUAAUGAAAGCUUUAUGGACAGGACAGUAUAAAUAUAUCAGUCCAAAAGACUUCAAAAUUACAAUUGGGAAGAUUAAUGACCAAUUUGCAGGAUAUAGCCAGCAAGACUCCCAAGAAUUGCUUCUCUUUCUAAUGGAUGGCUUGCAUGAAGAUUUAAAUAAAGCUGACAACCGGAAAAGAUACAAGGAAGAAAACAAUGAUCAUCUUGAUGACCUCAGAGCAGCAGAAUUAGCCUGGCAGAAACACAAACAGCUCAACGAAUCCAUCAUCGUGGCACUCUUCCAAGGCCAGUUCAAAUCUACAGUGCAGUGUCUCACAUGCCACAAGAAGUCCCGGACCUUUGAGGCUUUCAUGUAUUUGUCAUUACCACUUGCAUCCACUAGUAAAUGUACACUGCAGGAAUGCCUUAGAUUGUUCUCCAAAGAAGAAAAGCUCACUGACAAUAAUAGAUUUUACUGUAGCCAUUGCAAAACUCGAAGGGAUUCUUUGAAAAAAAUAGAAAUUUGGAAAUUACCACCUGUUCUUCUUGUGCACUUGAAACGAUUUUCCUAUGAUGGAAGAUGGAAGCAAAAACUUCAGACCUCUGUAGAUUUCCCAUUGGAAACUCUUGACCUUUCACAGUAUGUUAUAGGUCCAAAGAAUAACUUGAAGAGAUACAAUCUAUUUUCAGUAUCAAAUCAUUAUGGUGGGUUGGACGGAGGGCACUAUACCGCCUACUGCAAAAAUGCCUCAAAACAGCGCUGGUUUAAGUUUGAUGACCAUGAAGUGUCUGAGAUCUCAGCAUCAUCCGUGAAAUCCUCAGCUGCAUAUAUUCUCUUUUACAGUUCUUAUGAACAGCGAGCAGUGGACAUGGCCACAUAAAGUAGCAUGGGUUAAGAAAACUGGUUUUCUUUUUAUAAGAGCAAAGUAGGUAUUGGAAGACGCAUAAAUAUGCAAAACUAUGACAAAUGUAGUCACUUAAAGUUACGGGGAUGGUUGCAGCAGCUUCUCUGCAAGCAAGCUCUUUCUGGUUAGUACUCUUGCUUAAAUCAGACUGAUUAAUAACGCUUGUGGUAAUACUGCCAUCUGUGAAACCAUUUAAAAGCAUACUUGCGUUACCAUUUAUUUAACAAACAACUAUAUUUUUAGUCUGCUCCAAAAUUGAAUUCUAGCUUAGUCAUCUGAAAUCUAUUAACAAGUAGUUUAAAAUCCCAAGGCAUAUCUUUAUUUUUAUCUUUUUCUUUCACUAUUAUGGCCUUUUCACAUUUCUAACCUUAAGCUUGAUUCUACUGUGAAUACUCUAGAACGAUGUAAACAGUUAGGAAUGUAAGUGUACAUAUUGAUUGCAUACUUGCACAUCAGAACUAUGUAUAUAAUAAAAUGUUGUCCUUUUUGUGAGAAACUCAAACUCAGAGGAUUGCUUUUAUUUGCCAGCUCUAAGUAAUUGCAACACUAUUUAAUAAAAAAGCAGAGCUGUAUUUUUUUUUGUUAGCUUUGGUCAAUAUUUGUGCACAUCAGAGUUCUAAACAAACAAGAUUUUUCCUUUUUAAUUUUUUAAUAUAAAUUUUUCAUGUAUACAUGCAUUAAAGACCUUAAUGAAGAAAUGA